UCUGAGAUGUUUCAUCUUGAACUUGCACUAACCAACACUUAUACCUUGUAAGUUUGCUGUUCCCCUUUUCGGAAAGAGGUUAAUAGUUAAGCCAUUAAAAUCAUAUUUUGAUAUAUCUAAAAAACAAAUAAACCUGAAGUUUUGAUUAGAGGUGGGUACAAAGGAAAUAAUGUUGAGAACUUGUAGACAAUUACUGGGUUCCGAUGUUAGGUCGGGAUUGUACAAAAAUCAGAACAAUUUGCUCUUGCAAAUAAGAAAUUUACACAAUACUUCUUUCCUAUCCAAGGAAGCCGGGCAAAAGGCAGAUAUAAACUCUCAGAAUGAUUCUAAGUUUAAACCAAUAACUCCCCCAAAAGACCCGAGAAAUAUUGCUCCCCCUAAUAGUUUUUUAACUAAAGCAAGUUUAUUGUUCCAAAAAAUUAUCUCGCCCAAACAGAAUAUGUUUUUCGAGGCUACUAGUACUGCGAGAUAUAUGUACUAUGAGGCCUCGCGUCAAGCAACUCCAGAAAGAGAUUCCCAAGAUGCCUUUCAAUUCUGGUUCCGCAGAUGCGAAGUUCCAAUGACAUUUCAGUCUUGGUUUCAAAUCACGCAGUUACAUCUUUGGAUUCUCCAAACACGUAUCCGUGGUCUUCAACCGCAAGAAAAACAGGCACUCUCUCAAGCUUUAGUAACUCGUUUUUUUGAAGAUAUGGAGUUUCGUAUCCAUAAAGAUUAUAGGAUAAACAGUGAUCGUAUAACAGGAAUGUAUUUGAAGGAUCUGUUCCAACAACAGACGGGGGCUAUUUUUGGAUAUGAUCAAUCGAUGUUAGGUAACGAUGCUGUCUUGGCUACCGCCAUUUGGAGAAAUCUGUUCGCUGGAAGCCAAAAUGUAGAUUUAUCGAUAUUAUCUGAAAUUGUGGCUUUUGUGCGUUUAAAUGUCUUCGAACUAUCGAAUAUUUCAAAUGAAGAAUUUAUGAGUAGAAGAGAUGCUUUAUUCAUCCCACCCGGUCAGAAAAUUGAAAAGGUUAAUUAAUGGACUUAUAAUACUGAAGACCCCUUGAACGAAUUUCAAUAGUCAUAGUUUUAGUUGGCCAUUGCCAGCUUUAUUAGUACAAUGCUAAAAUAAUAAUAUUUUGAAGACUCAAUA